CACCUCCACACCCCCAUGUACUUCUUCCUCCUCAACCUCUCCCUCACUGACCUAGGAUCCAUCUCCACCAUUCUCCCCAAAUCCAUGGCCAGUUCCCUCUGGGACACCAGGGUAAACUGCUACACAAGGUGUGCUACCCAGUUUUUUCUGUUUGUCUUUUUCAUGUCAGCAGAGUUUUAUCUUCUGACCACCAUGUCCUAUGACUGCUACGUGGCCAUCUGCAGACCCCUGCACUUCAGGACCCUCCUGGGCAGCAGAGCUUGUGUCCACAUGGCAGCAGCUGCCUGGGCCACCGGGUUUCUCUAUGCUCUGCUACACACAGCCAACACAUUUUCACUGCCCCUCUGCCAGGGGAAUGCCGUGGGCCAGUUUUUCUGUGAAAUCCCCCUGAUCCUCAAGCUCUCCUGCUCACACUCCUACCUCAGGGAAGUUGGGCUUUUUGUGGUUAGUGCCUGUGUAGCUUUUGGCUGUUUUGUCUUCAUUGUGGUGUCCUAUGUGGAGAUCUUCAGGGCCGUGCUGAGAAUUCCUUCUGAGCAUCACUCUGGAUG